GCAAUUAUUCGCAUUGAGAUAUUCACAAGGCUGGGAUGAUGGAGUCAACUUCUUCCUUGUCUUUGAUUAUUCUGUUCUUAUCGUUCGCAUGGAGUCGAGAAAUAUAUUCAGGAAAUGAUAUUGAUUUUGAACGCUUGCAAGGAGUCUGGUUUCUCACACUUGGUGUGGACGUCUCGUCCUGGAACGUAUUAUGGAAGUGUCAUGUUGUUGCACCUUUCAACGUAACAGAGAAUGGGAUGAGUCUAUACUAUUAUAACUUACCCAAAAAUAAAUCACAGAAUCCUCACUCCUUUGCAGAAGAUUUAUACCGCGACCACCUGGGUCAAAUUUGGCAUAAUCAGAAGUUUGAGAAAAGCUGGGAAAAGAUAGAAACAAAGCUUUAUCAAGAACAGCUCUCUGUUGGCACAAAGAUAAGACCUCCUUCUAAAGGAGAGCCAUUGUUCUACUCCCAUCCACACGACUAUUCAACCGACUAUUCUACUUUCUUUAGUAUAUUGACUCCAAUGGAGGCUGGUCAGGGGCUUUUACAAUUUUUUACCAGAACGCCGACAAUAAACGAUGACAAUCUUUCAGAACUCAAAGCUUUUGCAGUUGAGCAAGGAAUCGACCCAAACACAUUAGUUACAUUCGGGUGUGGUGACCUGAUUCCAUCGGAUUAUCUGUUAGCUUAACCCGAAUCUGAACAUUCAUGCUUGUAAUAGUGUUUGUAACAAUGUUUGGGAAAACUUUCCUAAAAAUAAUUUCAAUUGUAUAUGUGACUUAAAGUGUAUAUUUAGAUCAAUGUAGAAUUAACCAAGUUGAAGAAUUAUGGUAAUGUCCGUUACAUAUUUGAUAAUGUUUAUACUCAGCUUUGUUUUGUGCCCGAAUGACCAUUUAAACUUCGAAAUCUAAGAAUAACAAGAAAAACAAAACAAAAAUAUCUUGAAGUGCAUAUACAUUGUAUUCACCACAUGCACGAUGUUGCUGACCAUGCCAAAUUAGAAUGAACGGAAAAUUCCUGUUAAACUAUGUUGGGAUCAAUUUCGUUUUGAAGAAAAGAUUUUUUGACUUCAAAAAAAAUAUUUCAAUGGCGGCCUUCGCGAUUUCAAAAUAAUUUUAGAGAGGCUCUCAAUAUCGUUUAAUUAAAAAAAAACUUGGCAUAACCAAUUUUUGUCAUAAACAUGUUCAUUUUUGGCUUUCCUAACCUGUAGAAUUUUGAUGGAAGACGUCCAUAAUCACUCCAAUAUACAGAGAGCCAUAAAAAUCUAAUACUUCAUAUUAUAAUAAACAGUUUAAAAGUAUUGAUGUGUACCCUACCUUCCAUAUUCGUAUAUAAUAUAUGCUUUAAAAAUCAAGGUAGUCUACAAAC